AGUCAGAUUUUGAUGUGUUUGGUACAAUAACAGCACUUUCUUUGCUUGUUUUUCAAUUCAAAAAUCAACCCAAAAGAUCCGCCAGAUUCUUGAUGAAAUCUGUCGGAUCUUGCUUUCCAAACUGUCAGAUUUCCUUCGUGGAUUUUCUAUCUUCUUGACCAUGAUGUGCCCCCUUUUAAAAUCUCUGCAUGCCACCCUCUUUCAUCACAUUUCAGCACUCUUUUCAUCUUUUUCCCUUCUUCUUUUCUUCUUAUUCUUCUUAUUCUUCUCCUGUUUUCGCCUGCAACUGCACACAUCGUUAUCAUAAUAAUCAUGGGUAUGGCUGCAGAGGCACAGUUUCAUGUUUUGGCUGUUGAUGAUAGCCUUAUCGACAGAAUGUUGAUUGAGAGACUCCUCAAAACCUCUUCUUUUCAUGUUACUGCUGUGGAUUCUGGUAGUAAGGCUUUGAGGUUUCUUGGUUUGGUUGAAGAUGAGAAGAGAACUGAAGAGCCUCCCACCAUUGCUUUACAAGCCAAUCAGGAUGUAGAAGUAAACCUGAUCAUAACUGAUUACUGUAUGCCAGAAAUGACAGGAUAUGAUCUGCUGAGAAAAAUCAAGGAAUCUAAAUCUCUUAAAGACAUACCAGUGGUGAUUAUGUCCUCAGAGAAUGUUCCAUCAAGGAUCAACAGAUGCCUAGAAGAUGGAGCUGAUGAAUUCUUUUUGAAACCAGUUCAACAGUCAGAUGUGAACAGGCUGAGACCUCAUCUGAUGAAAUCAAAAGUUAAGGAUGAAGAAGAGGAACAGAUCAAUAACAAAAGGAAGGAAACAGAAGAAGAAGAAGAGCAUUCCCCAGAUAAAACCAGGACAAAAAUGGAGCCUCAAAAAGUGGUUAAUUGAAGUUAAAAACUUGAUGAAACAUCAUAGAUUGUACCUAAAACAUUUACCUCUCCUCUGCCUCACCAGCUAACAAGUGAGAAGAGUAGAUCGCACCUCAAUCAUACUAAAGAAAUCUCUAGUAUAGCACCUGACAAAACAGAUUUCAUUUUUCAUUCAAUUUUCUGACACAUAAUUUAUACUUUUUCUCUUAUAUCUCCAAUUCACCACAAGAUUUCUUU